AUGAAGUCGGCUGCUCGGCUCUUCUACCUGUCGGUGUUCGCUCUCUGGACACCCCAGGUUAAGUGUCAAAACCCUGGGUCAUCAUCAACUUCGGCUUAUUCCUCUUCGUCACAAGAUGCGUGCGCGAUCUCGCCCCAAGCCAUUGUUGGCGAUGCUUGCGCUUCGUAUUCGACUCUUGAGCAGCUGAACAGCGCCGUCAAGCCGGUUCUUGACGACCUGGUGCAAACAACGGACUUCUUUUCCCACUAUCGCCUCAAUCUCUUUCACAAGAAAUGUCCAUUUUGGAAUGACGAGAACGGCAUGUGUGGCAACGUCGCCUGCGCCGUCGAGACGCUCGACAACGAAGAGGACAUCCCGCUCGCAUGGCGCGCCAGUGAGCUGGGCAAACUUGAGGGCCCAAGAGCGCGCCAUCCUGGCAAGAGUGUGCAGAGACAAGAACUCCAGCGGCCUCUCCGUGGCGGCCUAGGAGAACAUGUCGGAGAAUCAUGCGUUGUGGAAUACGACGACGAGUGCGACGAUCGGGAUUAUUGCGUGCCGGAGGACGAGAGCUCCACUUCGAAGGGUGAUUAUGUGAGCUUGUUGCGGAAUCCGGAGCGCUUCACAGGCUAUGCUGGAGAUGGUGCUAAGCAGGUGUGGGAUGCCAUCUACCGUGAAAACUGCUUUCAGCGCAGCUCGUUCCCGAACUCGGCCGACCUUGGGCAAGGUAUGACGCCUCGUAACCCCGCGGCCAUGGACUUUCGGGCCAUUAUUGAGGCGGCUGGCAGACAACAAGCACUGGCAAAGCAGCGUGAGCAAAAUCCGAAUACUCCAUUCGUCGCUAAGACCGGGCUCGAGUUCGAGGAUGACUGCUUGGAGAAGCGCGUCUUCUACCGCGUUAUUUCGGGUAUGCAUGCCAGCAUUUCGACGCACCUUUGCUGGAACUUCCUCAACCAGACUACGGGCCAGUGGCAUCCUAAUCUUGGCUGCUACAUGGGCCGUCUUCAUAAGCAUCCCGAGCGCAUCAGCAACCUCUACUUCAACUAUGCUCUUCUUACCCGUGCGAUUGCCAAGAUCGGCCCCUACCUGGAGGACUACUCCUACUGUCUGGGUGAUCGAAACCAGGACGAAGUCACCCGCGCCAAGGUCCGGGCAGUAACAGAGAAAGUGAUCAGCGUCCCGCCAACCCUGGACGAAAGCCUCAUGUUCAAAAACGGCGAGGGUCCGUCGCUCAAGGAGGACUUCCGCAACCGGUUCCGGAACGUCAGUCGGUUGAUGGAUUGCGUUGGCUGUGACAAGUGCCGUCUCUGGGGCAAGCUCCAGACCGCUGGCUACGGCACUGCCUUGAAGAUCCUCUUUGAGUUUGACAACAACGAGCAGCCCGAGAUUCCGGUGCUCAAGCGCACUGAGCUAGUGGCUCUGUUCAACACGUAUGCUCGUCUGGGCAACAGCAUGUAUGCUAUCACGCAGUUCAGGGAAAUGGCUCAGAAGGCCCAGUCUGGCGCAAACCAGGCGUCGCAGGCAGCGUCCGCGUCAAGUAUAUCGUCGGCAGCGUCAAUGUCAUCAGUUGCUAGCGCACCCCCAUCCGCAUCUGCACAGUCUAGCGCCUCAUCAUCGUCUUCGCCGGAAACAGGUCCAUCCAAAGCUGUCGAAAAUGCAGAGGCGAAACGAGAGGAAAAAACCGAGCAGCAGGACGAUACAGACAAUGAAAAUUCGACCAUCAGCGAAGACUUCAAUGCCGAACUUGCAAAUGUCUUGAAAGUCCUGAAGUUCGUAUUAAAGAGCUGGGUCUCCUUCCCAGUGGCAUUUUACCACAUUGCCAGAUCAGAGCUUAGACGGCUUUGGCAGUUCUACAUUGGUCUGCCAGUUGAGCCAAGAUCCUGGAGUUUCAGCUUCCCAAGAGUAGAUGAACUAUAG